AUGGGCGAUCCUGACCUGGCCCAGACCAUUGCUGAGGUUCAGGGGGCCCUUGAGCGGCUCCGCAUUUCCGUGCAGAAUCAGGCCCAUCCCCCUAGGGUUGGUGGUACUGGUCUCCCUAGUCCUCUGCGCCGCUCUGCCAUUAGAGCUGCUUUCCCGCCUGCCCUGCUCAUUGUCUUGAGCUCUGUGAACGCUUGGCUCCUGUUGGCAGCCUCACCGCUGCUGACCGUGCGCGGCGUGCUUGGGUUGCCGGGCUUUGGGCAAAGGAAGUGCUGGCUGGAACGGUGGCCACUCCGGAUCCGGCUCCUGUCAUUGGCCUGCGCCCUGCUGUGUACAUUGUGCUUCGCAGUGAGCGCCUCUCUGGCACCGCCCGCUUUUCCAGCUUCCGCUCUCUCCGAGCUGCCGUGGGGCCUUUGGAGAACACCGACACCAUCUGUCAAAGCUUUCCCUCCCUUGCUGAGGCCCGGGUUUAUUGCAUCGCUGCGGAGGUUGCCUUCCCGCCGGCACAAUGAACAAAGAAGCUUUGAGUUCGAUGGCCAGACUGCGGGGACGAUCUGCAUCAUCAACUGGCCCCCUCUUACCGAUGCCGAGGCCCGGACGAAGUACCUGGCCUCGCCUCUGCUUCACCGGCCUGGGGCCUUCCUUGUCGCUUUGCCUGCUGCGCUUCAGGAGGAUGUGGCCCUCCUAGCCUCGGGUUCGGGUUCUUCGGUUAUAGGCCCUUCGGGUUUAGUUUCCGUGCCUGCCGUGGAAGAAGCCGAGAGCGGGGAGGAUGUGCUGGCCGGUUUCGACGUGUCUGUGCUCCUCCUGGACCUGGAGGACCUUGCCUUACAGCAUAUGAGCCCGUUCGAUCCCCCAGACGCCCCACAUGUUAUGCCCAGCCCAGAGGCUCUCAUGAGGUCGGCCAUUGCUUGGGUUGGUGGCGACCACGGGCCGGGCUUGGCUUAUGUUACGGCACAGGAGGACUCAGAUGCUCCGGAGGAUCCAGGACCUGAGGGGAAGAGGGCUGCAAAAGCAAAGCCUCAAGUGCGUGUGGUUUCGGAGAGACAGGCUCAGGCUUCAGCGCCUCCUCCUGCUCAGCCAACCCCGGCUCAUCAGAAGGAUUUUCCUGCUGUCGGUCCGACCGACCCUUCCGGGCCGCAGCCCUUGGCUUCCUUAGCAGCUGCUUUGCCUGCCCCGGCCCGCCUGGGUGCCACUCCCAAGAUAGCCCCUGCUCCAGCAGCGCCGCCGCCGGCUGCGGCCCCAAAGUCAUCUGCCUUGCCUUCCUCCUCGGAUUCGUUGGCCACGGCGAUAGCUCAGCAGGGCCAAGCCUUAACGCUGCUCGUGUCCCACCUGGCCUCGCAAGGCGAUGCUCUGGACCUGUCGACGGCGACGGCCGGCUUGAGCUCCAAGGGGUCGGCAAAGAGGGAGCGUUUACAGCAAGAACUGGCGCAGCGGAGCAGCACGUUCUUUCUGCAGGUGUGCCAGAAUGGUCGCCUGAGUUUCGUGACCUACAUGGAGCGGUUUGGCGGCUACGGCCAGAGUCGCGACCUGGCGUUGGUCAUGCAUCAGCUCUCUUUCGUCUCGGACUGCUUCCUUCAGGACGACGUGCAUGGUGCUCGCGAGCAUUUGGCGUUGCCUUUGGCAUCUACGGAGCAGGCGGCACAGGACCGCAACUGGACCCUGGCCUACUUGCUGUGUUUGCUCGACGAUCCGGCUCCUCAGGUUUAUGCCUCCAGGGCCCAGGGAUCUGCAAGCCGACUCAGAGUUUUCACACCUCUCGUUUCCCCUGCCUGGGCUUCCACCGCCCUAAGCUACGUUCGAGAGAUAGAUGCCAUGGCUCAGCGAACCUGCAGACGAUGGCGCUCCCGCUCCCAAGCGCCGGCCUCGCUUCCCCCGCAAGCCGAAGCAGGAAGCCCAGCAACGACUGCUGCUAAUACUCUGCCUCCUGGCCUCGAGCCCACGCCUCUUGCACCACGAACCCCGGCGGAUGUGUCUUGCCCUUUGAACUUGCAUGUUUCCCCAUCGGGUCCCUGCCUGGACUCUCCCGACCCCUCUUCCGCCGCUUCGUCGGCUUCGGGCUCUGUCGGUGCUGGGCCCGGGCAGCCUUUGCAAGCCAAUGCCUUCUCUCCUUCUGCCGCCCUGUCCUUUAGACGGUGGGCAACUCUGCAUCUGAACUGGUGCGGCCAGCCGGCCCCAGAUUCGGUCUUUUUGCCUUUGCCGGUCCCCUGCCCGGGUGCUUUUAGGCCCCUCGGGCAUUCAGGCCAGCGUCGUAGACAGCGAGCAGCUUGCCAGGUUGCACUUCAUGCCGUUGUGGUUGCACUCAACUUUGUUUACAAUGACUGUGCUUACGUGCCGCUCCGGCUUCUUGCUCGGCCUCCCAACUCUGCCCAGGCCCGCUGCCUCCGCUACCUGAGGGGUAUCGUUCAGACCUUCGGUGACGUCAAGGAUGGGAUCUUCCCUUCCGAGACGGGCCGCCGCAUGAAUUCAUUGAUUGCUCGUCUCAGCGAGGUCUCUCAGAGGCUUACGCUUUUGGGUCCACUCGGUGAUCCUUAUUCUCAUGUGCCUGCCGGUCUCGAGGUCCCGACCUGCAACGACACUCCGGACCUUGAGCCCUACCGGUCACUGUGUGCAGAGCGCCUGCGGCUUUCAGGUCGUGCCAAUUGGGACCCUGCUGGCCUUUUCCCUCCCGACCUUGCCAUGGCUUACGCUCUGCCUUCUUCGUUGUUGUGCGGCCGCACUCCUCAGGAUGAGGAGUACCCUCGGGCUGAUCGUGAGUCCACUUCCGAGACCCUGAGCCUUGCGCUUAAGUGGUCCUCUUUGGACCUGCUGCACCUUGAGCCCUCCGAGGAGCUCCCACCUUACGAGUUCACCCGCAUUUUCAAUGCAUACAAGAGUGUUGCAGUCGAUCGCCAGAUCGGCGAUCGGAGAGGCCAAAAUGCUGCCGAAGCCCGGCUGCCCGGACCUUCUCGAUGGCUUCCGUCUGGCGAGAGCCUUUGCGCUUUGAGUGCCGAUGCCAAGAAGGAGGCCUUGCUUUUGUCCAUGUCUGACAGGCGGGAUUUUUAUCAUCAGAUUCUCUCGCCUUGGGCUCGGAAUGUGACGAACAGGCUGUAUCCCUCUUUUCCUCCUGAGCUCUUCCGCGGCACACGCGCCUACGACAGAUUGUCCGCCAGGUGUUCGGCUUCUUAUCUCCCGGCGGCUGGUCUCUCUGCUGCUGAGCCACCUCCUCUGCCUUCCUGGCCGCGGCUGGUUCAGCCUUGCUUCCGAGCGGUCCUGCAAGGAGACCACAUUGGAGUUGAGCUUGCUGUUGCCUGUCACGAGCGGUUGCUCAUUGGUGCCGGCCUCUUGUCUGAGAAAAAUCGGCUUUACGGUGCCAGCCCGGUUGGGCCUGGUCCUUUCUGGGACGCUUUGGUGAUUGAUGAUUACUUCUCGAUUGCUCGCGUGCCACGGGCCUCCCUUCGCGGCUCCGUUCCUUCUCCCUCCAGCCAGGCCCUCGAUGUUGCCUUAGAGUGCUAUGAGGAUGCAGGCCUCAUUGGUUCUCCCGAGAAGGACCUCAGGGACCAGCCCGAGGGAAAAGCUGCCGGUGCAGAAAUCAACUCCUCGCUCGAAGCGCUCAGCCGGGGCCACAUCACCGUCGCUGCGCCGGCAGCGAAACGGCUCGCCCUCUCCGACUUGACACUUGAGAUCAGCACCAUGCCGGCGACCACUGACUGCCUGCACGCAUGUGUCCUUGGGGCCUGGACCUCCAUUGCUAUGUUCAGGCGACCUCUGGUCGCAUGCUUCCAGCAUGCGUAUGGCUUGUGCCCGUCGAGCACUGUUGAUUCGGGUUGCCCCAAGGUUGUGCCUCUUCCGAGGAAGGUCGCUGCUGAGCUCCAGCUCGUGUCUGUGCUGGCACCCGUUGCGGUAUCUGACAUUUCGGUGCUCUUCCUUCCGCGCCUCUUCGCAACGGACUCCUCUGAGUCGAAAGGGGCUUUUGUCUCAGCUGCUGUCCCCAGGGACCUCUCUAAGUCGCUGUGGCUGUGCUCCGACAGGAAGGGCGCUUAUUCCCGUAUGACAACCAAGGCAGCCGCCGCCCUCCAGCGGCAUGACCCCACUCACGAGGAGAUUGGCGACUGUUUCUCCUCACCGGCCGGCCCUGCCUCUGAGCCUCCGGUCCUGCCAAGGCCGAUUGCCUACCGGUUCGACUUCCUCGAGCUCUUCAUUGGGCCUCCUGACCUCCGGGAUGAGCUGCUGCGUCUUGGCUUUUCUGCCGGGCCACACGUUGACUUUCGCCUUUCUUCUGACUGGGGCUUGCAGCGCUUGACUGUGCUUGAUUGGGUGCUGCACAUGAUUGACCAGGGUCACCUUCUCGGGGUAUACCUUGUGCCUCCCUGCUCCACCAGCCUCCCUUCUGCAAAGGGCUCCAAGCAGAGCAGGCUUAGCCGCUGGGGCAUCCCUGCUUGCCGGUACGAGUAUGAGGCUUUCGUCGCUUGCGUUGCCAUUUUUAGGCAUGCUUGCAGUCGGGGAAUUUGUGCGCUCCUUAAGCUCCCUUCGGUGUCGACCUUCCUGGGUUCCGCGGUUUUCCUUGCUGCUGCUGGGCGGCUUCGCGCUGACUCUUUCGAGCUGUCGUCCUGUGCUUUUGGUGACCACCGCCUGAGGAGCCUUUGGUGUCUUUGCACAGGCCUUGCUUUUGGGCCCCUCCACAAGGCAUGCACCUGUACUUCACGGCACCUGCGCCCUCGCUCUGGUUCCGCUACCAAGGGUUUCAAGCACUGUGCCGGGCUGAUUGUCUCCUACGGCCGGGCUUUCGCUCUUUCACUCAGGAGCCUUCUGUUUGCCGCGGCCUCUUCUGAUUUGCCCGUGCUUGGCCUUGAACGCCAGUGUGUUAAUGACCUAGCCGUCGCUUUGCCUUGGCAGGUCGACUCUGUCUGGUCCUGGGUUCGUCCGGUGCACAUCAAUAUCCUUGAGGCCUCUGUGCUCUGCCGGCUCUACAAGGAGAUUGCUCUGACCCAGGGUCACUGCCGUUUUGUCGCACUUUGCGACUCUUUCGUUGCCCUUUCCUCUCUGGGCAAAGGCCGCUCUUCCUCGAAUGGUCUCAGGCAUUCUGCUCGGCGCUCCUCUAUGAUCUGCCUCGCUGCGGGGCUCUACCCUGGCAGCAUGUACACGCCGACACGUCUGAUGCCAGCUGACCACCCUACGAGAGACCAUCCUAUCCCGCCUCCUGUCCCUGGACUUGGGCUGGACUUUUGGACUUAUGAUGCCAUCAAGCAAGACUCCCUGCGUCCUCGGCUCCGACGCUGGGCCUCGUCUUGGGUUCGACUUGCCCUCCUGCUCCGCCCUGGCCUUUCCUUGCACUCGCGGGACGCCGUAGGCUGUGCUGAUGCCCACAUUGACUUCCGGGCUUUCGUGCGGACCAGGGGCUUCGAUAGCACUAAGGGUUUUCCUGGUGAGUGGCCUCUCUCCGGGGUUUAUUCUAAGGGUUCCCUUUUGCUCUCCCUCCUGGCUCUGUCAAGUCUCCUUCUUGGCUUCUUUGUCCUAGGGCAGGCUGCCGCCAUGGAUCCGCGACGCUCUGCUAAACUGGACGCUGCGAGAGCGCUUUCGCGCGCUGGUACGGACCUGCGGCCGGGCCGGCCUGUGCAACGUACCACCCAGGACCGCAGGGACAAGCUCAAGGAGCUUUUUGUUGUCUGGCUGGGCACGCUUGGCAUCUCCUGGGAUUGGUUUACUCUGCGCUCCCGCACCGACCCUGACUUUGCCAACGAGGUCCUGGUUUGCUACGGCCAGCAUCUUUACAAGACUGGCAAAAGCUAUAGCAGCUAUUCCGAGGCACUGAACAUGUUCUCCUCGGCCUGCCCCUCUUUACGUCGGCUGCUCCAACCUGCGUGGGACCUUGCCUUUUCUUGGCAAAGAGAAGAGCCUCCGGUGCAUCAUACGGCGAUGCCCUGGCAAGUUGUUACGGCUCUAAUUUCUGUUGCCCUGAUAUACGGCUGGGUCGAUCUGGCAGGUGUUGUUUGCCUGUGCUGGGGCGGUCUUGCGAGAGUUGGCGAGGUUCUUGAAGCCACCCGCUCAGAAUUGGUAUUGCCAUCUGACGUUGGUACUUCGGAUUUCAAACAUAUUCUUCUUUCUAUCCGCGAGCCUAAGACGCGUUUUAAAGCUGCAAGGCAUCAGUCCCUUCGUGUUGACCAGCCGCAGAUGUUGCGAGUUAUUAUCAUUGCUUUCGGGGCCCUUGACCCUGCAGAAAAGCUCUGGCGAUAUUCUGGAUCAACUUUGCGGAACCGCUUUAAAAAGCUGCUGUUUGCCUUGAAGCUUCCCCCUGGCAUCGUGCCCGGGGUCCGCGACUUUGACCUCGGCUCCUUGCGAGCUGGGGGAGCCACCUGGCUCAUGGAGAUGACUGAAAACCCAGAUUAUGUUCGAAGGCGUGGGCGAUGGAUAACUCAGAAGGUCAUGGAGAUAUACAUUCAGGAGGUUGCGGCUCUUACUUUUCUCCCUCUCCUUCCUCCAGCCGUUAAGCAGCACAUAUUCUCUUGGGCAGGGGUUUUUGCUGCUGUUGUGGACAAGGCCGAACUUUGGCACGAGUUCUGCCUGCCUCCGGCUACCUGGAAGUUUUUGACGGCACACGGCGCAUGA